GGUCACAAUCAUAGUUAAUGAUUUUCAGGUUGUCGGCCGUCAACCGCGUGCCUUCUCUCUUUCCCGGGGGCUGAUCAGUUUGGACUGCGGGGUAUCGGAUCCUUGCGGGAUCGGUACCCAGGCCCCUUGCAUUUGUUCAUUUCAUUAGAUCUCUGUACCUGCAUCGACUUGUGAAUCAUGCUGUAGAAACGGAAACGCGGUAUUCUCGAGGCCUGGGGCCUCAUCAAGUCGAACUUGAAUCCGACCUCGACAUGGCAGCCGCCAGCAACGCCAUUGAAGGCAAGCUUGCUCUGAUCACAGGAGCUUCAGGAGGCAUCGGAGCAGCCUGCGCAAGGGCGUUAUACUUGAAAAACGUCAACCUGGCCCUGACCUACUCCAGUAGCGAGGACAAGAUCCGGGCUCUGGAAGAAGAGCUCUGGGCGCUACGCAACAACCACUCCCCCAACGCCCUCAACCCGGUCGUCUCAACACACAGAGUUGACGUCGGCUCGGCCGAUGAUUUGCAUCGCCUCUUCAAGAGCAUCCGCGAACUGCACGGCCAAGACGGCCCAGACAUCCUGGUUUCUAAUGCCGGCUACGGCAAGCGCAUCCCGGACAUUGCGGACAUUUCGACCGAGGAGUUCGACUACACCAUCAGCAUCAACCUGCGCGCCGCCUUCAUACUGUCCAAGUUGAGCAUUCCGCACAUGGCCGCUCAGCGGUGGGGGCGCAUCAUCUUUGUCUCGUCGCUUGCCGCGCACGGCGGCGGUAUCAACGGGUGUCACUACGCCGCGAGCAAGGCCGGGCUGCACGGGCUGAUGAAGAACCUGGCGACGAAGCACGCCAAGGACGGGAUUACCGUCAACGACGUUGCGCCCGCCAUGAUUGGCGAGACGGGAAUGCUCCCGGAUGAGAAGUCCGUCGAGGGCACGGCGGGGGAUGUGAGGAAUAUUCCGGUCGGGAGGUUGGGGACGCCGCGGGAGGUGGCGAAUGUCGUGACCAUGUUUUGCCAGACGGGGUACUUAACAGGUCAGAGUGUGCUGUUGAGCGGCGGGCUGAAGUGAGCGGGUUCUGGGGGAGAUCGUAUAUCCAGCGGUUUCGUCUUGGUUUUUUGACUAUCGGCGCAACAACUAUGCUGAAUACAUCACGGCGCCCAUCAUCCCGUCUUCAUGUCCGCCGGACCAGCUCCCUCUCAAUGUCAAGGCUUGGAUCUUCACGCCUCAGACCGGGCGGGAUCCCUACUUGGCCAAGUGCGCGAAGCUCACGGACACGCCGUGUGGGCCAGGGCGGUCAUCGGGUACAGGGCCGUGUUUGUUUAAUGGGCUCUUCAAGCG